AUGCCGUUUGACGCUAAGUUUUACGAAAAGUUCGCCCACUACAAGGUCGAAGAAAUCGAAGAGGGGUUCGCCCACGUCCAGCUUAACAACGCUAAGACGCUCAACGCAUUCGCCGAACAAGACUGGCAGGACUACCACGAGAUCUUGACCACGUUGGACGCCGACCCCGACACCAAUGUCAUCCUCGUGCUGUCGACGGUGGUCAAGGCGUUCACGCUGGGGCUCAACUUGAAGGAAGCGAUGUCGACCAUGGGCAACACCUCGGGGUCGCUUGCCGACCGCCAGAAGCACUUGUACAACCACAUCCGUGACUUCCAGUACUGCAUUGGCACCCCCACCCGUAUCCGCACCCCUACUAUUGGGUUAUUGAACGGGAUCAACUACGGAUUAGCUCUCGACAUCGCCGCCUGCUUCACCAUCAGAGUGUGCACUGAAGACGUCAAGUUCUCGAUCCGGGAAAUCAAGAUCGGCAUCUGUGCCGACAUCGGCUCGUUGCAACGGUUGCCUUCUGUUGUCGGCAACAAGCUGUUGUUGAGUCAAUACGCUUUAACUGGGGAAGUGUGGGGUCACCAACAAGCCGUCCAAUUGGGCUUCGUCUCCCACGUGGCCAAGGACUUGGAACUGGGGUUGCAAUACUGCAAGGACUUGGGUCUGGACAUCAACACCAACCGCCAGUGGGCCAUCAAGGGCACCAAGGACCACUUGCAACGCAUGUACGAUGGGCUGCUGGUGGCUCAGGGUUUGGAGGACAUUGCUCAGUACAACUCCAUCCACAUCACCGGCGACUUUGUCAACGACAUGGCCAAGGUGAAGCUUUAG